CAGUGGCUUCACCUCCACAUCUGGCAUGAACCAGAAUUCUGAAACUGAGCUCAGGGCCACACUGGCCACCAUACAGCAACAAAAUCUUCUACUUCAGAACAGGCUGGAUGAACAAGACAGAAAACUGAACUGCAUCUUCAAAGAGUGCCCAUACAGUUUUGUUCGAAAUAACUGUUCUUGCUACAAGGUCAUAAAUCGCACGGCUACCUGGAAUGAUGCACGUUACUCGUGUUCCACCAUGGGAGCACACCUCGUGCACGUGCAGAAUGCUGAGGAGCAGCAGACAAUAGGACGACAGGUGGCUAGCCACUACUUUGAAGGUGAUGGAUUUGUCAGCAAUCAAGGCUUUUGGUUGGGAGGGUACGACUUGAAACCGCCUAAUACAACUGUGGGAGUAGACGGAGUUUGGACUUGGGAGACAACCAAUCAAAAUCUGACUUACUUCAACUGGAGCGAAGGUGAGCCCAAUAACUGGGGAGGCACAGAUGAAGACUGUCUUCUUAUGACAUAUAACAUUGGCUACACUUGGAAUGAUGAUAUCUGCACGAAUACUCAUGUGUACAUCUGUGAAAUUGAUCUUGUAUGAUUCUUCAAAAAUCCAUGUUGAACACUGUAAAACUGAUGAUCAGAUUUUUUUAUCUACUCAAGUUUUAAGGAAAGCGUGCUUAGUCAUAUAUAAUUCAUUUAAGUAUUAUAUAGCAACUGCUUUCUGAUAUAAGAAUACACAUAUUCCGUUUAAAAGCUGAGCUUCAGAAUUUCCACUUAAAGGUCCUUUUGUCUGCGUUGCUUUUUGUAGUUUUUUGUACAAACAUUCCACUUUGUUUAACCAAACUCAUUGUGUGCUCAUAUUUUGUGGACUUGUAUACAUUUUUUCUCCAAAAUUUUUUAUAUUGAUUUGGUAAUGUAAACAACUGCGCAAACAGCAGGU